AUGACCCUUUGCGCCGACACAGCGGUUCCUUAUCGGCUCGCCUCACCUCGACGUAGACCUCUGAAAUCUGAGACUGAGCGCCGUCUCUCUGUCGCCCUCUCCCUGCGUUUUCUCAACACAGAGCACCCUCACACGCCCAUUGAAACCACGCAAGCGGACUGUCGGGCGCGGUGCACUUUGUGCCAACGACAACGUCCCGGCGUCGGCGUCCUAGAGAUGAACGAUAACGCUGAAAACCGUGAACUUCGGCUAAAACUCAUAGACAUUUAUCAAGAAAUUCCGUGUCUACGGGAGUACUCCUCACUUGCCAAUAAACUGGUUAGGCGCCAGGCGCAGGUCUUUACGCAACGAAAAAGCCACAUCGACCACCACCUUAACCUCUCGCCCCGACAGCCAGCCUCCACCCUCGCGCCCUCCCACACCCUCAAAUCCACCCCCAAAGCCCCAUUCCACACCCCUACACUCGCCCCACCCUUGUCUUCCACCCAACUCACGCCCGCCCCACCCACCCACUCUGUCUCGCGCACCCGGCCACGCAGAACUUCCCCCGCAUCGCAGCCGAAGCUGCCGCCCCCCGCACCCCAUGCGCCGCGAGACCCCAAAAAAACGUCCCCUGCUAUCCACCACCUAGCAUCCCCCCGACCGCUCCACUACUCCAACACUUCUGCCACACACAAUCUCAUUAUAAUCCCCCUUCCACCCCUCCCACUAACUCCUCACUCACACUCGUCCACAUCACCAACACUCCGCGCCCCAGAGGGCAAGACCAUAACAAGCACACUCACAUCAAGAUCAACAAGUCCCUACCCACAUCACUACGCCCCCCCAAACAACCGUCCACCGCCCCUCCUGCACGCCCAAUCCGAUUGCUAUACCCCUACCUUCGUCACUAUUCAUCCCAUCACUAGCACACAGCCCUCCUCUCGUCCCCACACCACCUGCCCAUCCCGCCCUCCUCACAUAUGGCGCCAGCCUCCACCCCCCCGCCACCUCUCCCGCUCUUACCCCCUACUCUGCGCGCCACCACGAAACACGCCCACGCCAGCCACGCACCACCUCCCAAACCCCCCCGCCCGACUAAACAUAGCCCAACACAUUGCCCCCCCCUCCGCUCCGCAUAUCCUGAACUUAAUAAGUACCGCCCGCCUCGAUCACAACGACGGAACACGCAACCCCAUUCCCGACAUGUACCUUCACACACAGAAAAAGAUAGAGACCAAAAACAAAAAGCUCAACAAACCAACGGCCUCCCCCAACUUUUACACCCUCCCCCUCCGACAGUUAGCCCCGGUCAUUCUCACCCCUCACAAAAUAUAUACCCACCCAAACAUACAGCAAUCCACCGAAGUACCCCCUCGUAACCAACCACAGAAGCCCAAACGUGCCCCAGGCUCUCCCCCCACUCUCCAUAAUCACACGUCCCCGUCUUAUCAUCCAACCGCGUUACAACAAAACCCACACCUUGCCCCAGCUCACCCCCCAAUUGUCCCUAAGCCCGCACCCCUGCUCAUCAUUCACCAAGUAGCCAAGAGCCUCCGAAUAAAGAGAUACCACCGCGCCCCUCCCACAUCCCCACCACCACUCCACCCUCCCCAACCCCAACACAACACCCCUGUAUCCCUUUUAUCCGACACGCCCCUGUAA